AAUGCAGUGGACAGGGUGAACACUACACCCAGGUGCCAGACUCAACUCGCCUUCACACACUUGGUACAGAUUUAGAUCAUGCCUCGAGGGGCGAGUUUAUUGGCAGCGUCACCCAUCCCGAGUAAACAUGGCGCAGUUCGUAUAUUUCACAGAAAUGGGUCGUAACUUCUUUGGAAGCUCGUGGCAAUGGUUGGACCUUUAUGACACUCGACACUUGUGUAAUCCAGUGGUGCAUCUGUGAUCGCGUUUAAGCAAAGAAGAUAAAUCCUCUGACAGAAGAAAGGGAUUCUGUCAUCUCGCACUGCUCCAAGGGAAAGAUAAUACAAUAGAAGGAGCAAUAUCGCUCUUUUUUUAGUCACGGGUGACUAGAAGAGAAAUACCCGGCUGCUGCCUUGUCGGGAAAGACGGGAGGGAAGGUUCUGUCAAGGCGACGUCAAAGAAGACGUAGCAAGGAUGGUGAGGUGUGUGUGGUGCUGGAGUGUGGUGAUGCUGGUGAUGAUGAAGCUGUCUCUCUCCCCAGCUGUUAUCUUCCCUUCACCUCAUCCUGAGGAAACAGGAAACUCUUACUGGUACCAGCUGAUGAGACGGGAGAUCCAGGAGGCCCUGGAAAGACCCAGGAAUACCGGCAUGGCCAAGAAUAUUAUCUUAUUUCUCGGUGAUGGUAUGGGAGUGACGGUGUCGACGGCAGGACGCAUCCUGAAGGGGCAGAAGAAGGGAGUGUCUGGAGAGGAAGGUUACCUUGUCUGGGAGAGAUUCCCUAACAUGGCCCUUCUGAAGACAUAUAACCUGGACAAGCAAGUGCCAGACAGUGCCGGUACUGCCACUGCCUACCUGACAGGUGUCAAAGCUAACUAUGGAACUCUGGGAGUUAACGGUAGAGUAAAUGAGAAGGACUGUGAUGCUUCUCUCAUCCCGGAGAACAGACUGGACACCAUCCUUAACUGGGCACAGGAUGCUGGCAAGGACACAGGCAAGGAUAUCGCGCAGCUGGGGGAGGAUAAACCAGGCAAGAAUAUGAAGGUGAUCAUGGGGGGUGGACGGCAGGAGAUGGGAGCUCCUCAUGGGGGUGAGGAGAUAGUGUGUGACAGGACCGACGGCAGGAACCUGGUGAAGGAGUGGAAGAAUGACAAGCAGGAGCUAGGUGCCAGUCAUUUCUAUGUCACCUCUACACGGCAGCUGCGAGACCUCGAUGUAAACAACACAGACUAUCUUUUAGGACUGUUUGCAGAGCGCCACACUCGCCAGGAGGUGGACCGUGAUCAUGGCCUGGACGGGACGCCCAGCCUGAAGGAGAUGACCCUGACCGCGAUUAAUAUCCUGAAGAAGAACUCUCAAGGAUUCUUCCUCAUGGUGGAGGGCGCCCUUAUAGACAAAGCUUUGCACAACAACAAGCCCCGGAGGGCCUUGGAGGACCUGUUGCAGAUGGAGGAGGCGGUGGAGGCGGCGCUGCAAGAGGUUGACCUGGAGGACACGCUUGUGGUGGUCACUGCUGACCAUUCCCAUUCCAUGACCAUGGCUGGCUACCCUCCCAGAGGCAAUGACAUCUUUGGAAUAACAACAAACGUAUAUGUGACAGAUGGACUUCCUUACACCACUCUCAUGUUCACCACCGGCCAUGGAUACAACUACACCUGGGAUGGUCAGAAGGUGUCGCGACCCAACCUGACCGGGGUGGACACGGGUCACAAGGACUACGUGACCCUGGCUGCCGUGCCCUUGAUGAAGGGAGAGGAGACACACGGAGGAGAAGACGUAGCAGUAUAUGCUGCAGGACCAAUGGGCCACUUGUUCCACCGUCUACAUGAGCAGACAUACGUGGCCCAUGUCAUGGCCUACUCUGCAUGCAUUGGACCAUACAAUAAUAGCUGUUGUAGGUCUCGGGGCAUUAUCCCAGAUGCUCAUGUGCAAGUUGAGAGUAACCAUGGCGAACAUGGUGGCCACUCUCACAUGGGCCAUGGAAACGAAGAUAGCCACGUGGACCGCAGGCAAAAGGGUGUGGAUAACCAGGCGCACAAGAGACACGGACACCAUUGCACUCACGUAAGGAAGGAUCAUACACCCACUGGCAGCACUCACCAUAGGGAGGAACCCGAACACAAUAACGAGAUGGAGAAGACGCCUUGGAAGGCAGAUGUUGACUUCGAAUCGCAAAAGAGCACCUCUGGCGUCCUCGACCACCCGAAAAUCCUGAGAAAGUACAAAAUGGUGGCAGGCGCCUCAACCCUCUCUGCUGGUCACAUCACUGUCGUGUUAUUCACCCUAAUGGCACUAGGAUGCCGCACACUACAAGGUUAUAACGCACUGUAGAUGUUCCCGAGAUUAAAGUCUACGUUAUAGGCAUGAGUAAACAUUCUCGCUUUCGUCUUUUUUAACGGUAUAAUUUAAGUUCUUUUGUGGCAGUUUCAGUCUAGUAAGAGUGAUAUGCAGGUCACUUUAUGUAGUAGAGUGAGUCGAAGUCUGAGGAGGUGUGUGUGUGUGUGUGUGUGUGUGUGUGUGUGUGUGUGUGUGUGUGUGUGUGUGUGUGUGUGUGUGUGUGUGUGUGUGUGUGUGUGUGUGUGUGUGUGUGUGUGUGUGUGUAGCUGACUGCCCCGUGGCCUGGUGGCUAAAGCUCUCGCUUCACACGGCGAGGGCCCGGGGUCGAUUCCCGGCGAGGGUAGAAACAUUGGGCGUGUUUCUUUACACCGGUUGUCUAUGUUCCCCAUCAGUAACAUGGGUACCUGAGUGUUAGUCGAAUGAUGUGGGUCGCAUCCUGGUAUAAAACUGACAUAAUUUGCCCGACAUGCCAUGUAUAACAAGGAGCUCUCAAUAUAAUAAUAGUAUGUCAUUGAUGUCAGCUAUGGUCUGUAUACCUUGUACAUGUACUUGUAGUAAAUGAAGAUAUAUUAUUAUUAUUAUUAUUAUUAUUAUUAUUAUUAUUAUUAUUAUUAUUAUUAUUAUUAUUAUUAUUAUUAUUAUUAUAACUUUCUAAGAUAACUUUGACAUAACCAUUUCAUAAGUACUGGCAUUAUUUACAAGCUUCCCUACCACUGUAAACAUCAUGAAUGUUUAAACCCCAUUAACUAACGUCACAGUAAGAGCCGGAUGAUAUAUAAUUGUUCAGUUUAAGACCCCUCAUCGAGUCUUUGCUUGAUGAGGGUCUUAAACGGGUCGAAACGUUGCCUAAAGUUUCCUCCCCAAAACUGGAGGUUUAAUUCGACAGGUAAUUACAUAUAGAUGAACACGAAUAGUUGAUUUUACACACACACACACACACACACACACACACACACACACACACACACACACACACACACACACACACACACACACACACACACACAGUAGUGGUCGGGAAACCGGGUUAAAUUUUUCAGAGUAAAAAUGAAAAUCUUGAGGUUAAUACAGACUCAGUAAACAUAUAAAUAAAAUUACACCAAAAAUUAUUUAAUAAUAUAUAUUUAUAUUUUAUAUUCAUAUUAGAAAUUAUGCUCCUAUAAUAGUAGAUAAUUUCACUGUAUAGAUGUUUUGGGAUAAUAACCAAAAAGUUCUGUGACCUCUGGUUAGAGGUUCGUGUAAUAAAGUUUACCCUCGUGUCCCCUGUAUAAAUAGAUCUCUACCUGGCAGCAAUAGUUGAACUUGACACCAAGGUAUGUCCUGGCACAGUAUAUACCUUCCUCGGGCUUUCUUGGACUCUACACACACACACACACACACAAACACACAGAAACAAGAGGCCACAAUUGGAAGUUGAAGACACAAAUGAGUCAGAGAGAUAGUAGGAAGUAUUUCUUCAGUCAUAGAGUUGUAAGGCAGUGGAAUAGCCUAGAAAAUGACGUAGUGGAGGCAGGAACCAUACACAGUUUUAAGACGAGGUUUGAUAAAGCUCAUGGAGCGGGGAGAGAGAGGGCCUAGUAGCAACCGGUGAAGAGGCGGGGCCAGGAGCUAGGACUCGACCCCUGCAACCACAAAUAGGUGAGUACAAAUAGGUGAGUACACACAGAGAAGGGACACAGAAACAAGGGGUCACAAUUGGAAGUUGAAGACUCAGAUGAAUCAAAGGGAUUUUAGGAAGUAUUUCUUCAGUCAUAGAGUUGUCAGGCCGUGGAAUAGCCUAGAAAGUGACGUAGUGGAGGCGGGAACCAUACAUAGUUGUAAGGCGAGGUAUGAUAAAGCUCAUGGGGCAGGGAGAGAGAGGACCUAGUAGCAAUCAGCGAAGAGGCGGGGCCAGGAGCUAUGAAUCGACCCCUGCAACCACAAAUAGGUGAGGACAGCAGCGAGUCAUGGUACGUGGCGAGGUGUCAGAGUGGCACCUGUGACCAGCAGGGUCCCACAGGGGUCAGUCCUAGGACCAGUGCUGUUUCUGGUAUUUGUGAACGACAUGACGGAAGGAAUAGACUCCGAACUGUCCCUGUUUGCAGAUGACGUGAAGUUGAUGAGAAGAAUUCAUUUGAUCGAAGAUCAGGCAGAACUACAAAGGGAUCUGGACAGGCUGCAGACCUGGCCCAGCAAUUGGCUCCUGGAGUUCAACCCCACCAAGUGCAAAGUCAUGAAGAUUGGGGAAGGGCAAAGAAGACCGCAGACAGGAUACAGUCUAGGGGGCCAGAGACUACAAACCUUACUCAAGGAAAAAGAUCUUAGGGUGAGUAUAACACCAGGCACAUCUCCUGAAGCGCACAUCAACCAAAUAACUGCUGCAGCAUAUGGGCGCCUAGCAAACCUCAGAACAGCAUUCCGACAUCUUAAUAAGGAAUCGUUCAGGACCCUGUACACCGUGUACGUUAGGCCCAUAUUGGAGUAUGCGGCACCAGUUUGGAACCCACACCUAGCCAAGCACGUGAAGAAACUAGAGAAAGUGCAAAUUUUUGCAACAAGACUAGUCCCAGAGCUAAGAAGCAUGUCCUACGAGGAGAGGUUAAGGGAAAUCAACCUGACGACACUGGAGGACAGGAGAGAUAGGGGGGACAUGAUAAUGACAUACAAAAUACUGAGAGGAAUUGACAAGGUGGACAAGGACAGGAUGUUCCAGAGAUUGGACACAGUAACAAGGGGACACAGUUGGAAGUUGAAGACACAGAUGAAUCACAGGGAUGUUAGGAAGUAUUUCUUCAGCCACAGAGUAGUCAGUAAGUGGAAUAGUUUGGGAAGCGAUGUAGUGGAGGCAGGAUCCAUACAUAGCUUUAAGCAGAGGUAUGAUAAAGCUCACGGCUCAGGGAAAGUGACCUAGUAGCGACCAGUGAAGAGGAGGGGCCAGGAGCUUGGACUCGACCCCCGCAACCUCAACUAGGUGAGUACACACACACAUGCAUAUAUGUAACAUAUAUAUAAAUAUAUAUAUAUAUAUAUAUAUAUAUAUAUAUAUAUAUAUAUAUAUAUAUAUAUAUAUAUAUAUAUAUAUAUAUAAUGCUUGCUAUAUAUAUUUUUCCUAUUAUCGAAUAAACUUGCAGAAUUACUUAUGGAAUUAAAUAAAUAUAACUCAAAGAGACGUAGUUAUCUGACUUCCCACAAAUUACAUUUGCAUAAUUUUAUUUCCCCAGUGAAAUUAUGUUAUACUGUAUAUACGUUAGGAAGUAUAUCUUCCGGUUUUAUUAAGCAUUAAAUAUCUGCUAGUUAAACCAA